GUCAUUUGGGUGUGCAUAUUGUGCCGUAAAAAACAGGAGUUACUCUCCAAGACAGGCCAAUGGAUCAAUAAGGCCACCAUACAACAGGAUGGCUUUAUACGUCGCAAUGAACCGGAUGGCAGCAGUGAUAUUUCCCAACAGGCUGUGGUUGAUCCUCACGAUACGCUCGAUAAACGACCAAAACUGGAGCGUACCCGUAGCGCUGCCGAAAAGGAAAAUCUACCCUUGCAACGUUCGGGUAGCAUGCUGAAACGACAAUAUUCACAACAGGAACAAACAACGAAUCAAAGGGAUAUGAUGGGACCCCAAAUGGGCAUGGAUAUUAUGAGUCCGGGCCAAAGGCAGCGUAUGCAACCGAUGACACCACAGCAAAUGCAACAACAACAGCAGCAGCAACAACAAAUGUCACAACAGGGCCAAUAUAGAGGACAACAAAGUCAUUAUGGUGGAACGGGUGCUAGCAGUGGUCAUCAUCAAAAGGAAGAGGAUCCGAGAUUAUAUCAGCAACAACAACAACAUCAUCCAACGCAUCCUCACCACUAUGGUGGUGUUGGCGGAUCAUCACAACUCUCUGCCGCUGGUCAACAUGCUCAUCAAAUGCCAACACCGGCCACAUCCGGUGCCAUUUCCUCCUCUAACGCCGCCGCCCUUGCCUCCGUCUCGACCUCUGCAACAUCCUCUCAGGGUUAUCAAAAGCCUCCGCCAAUACAACGUAAUCUAACCAUAAGCGGUGGACAUGCCAUGGAUCCAUCGACAUACAAUGCUCGCCGUCACCUAAACGUUAGUCAGUAUGCCACACAGCAGCAGCGAAGUUUUAGCAGCUAUGAAGAUGAAAUUCAACAGCAACAACAACACUCGCAAUAUACAACAACAGCAGCAUCUGCAGGAAUGCAUUCAACAACAGCGGGUGGUCUAUCAUCCUAUGACUUGGAAGCCACUUUGCGUGAUGAUCUGGCCUGGCGGCAACAAAGAAGUCUCAAUGAACGCGAUCUGUUAAGUGUCAGCAGUUCGUAUGGCCCUGACUAUCGUUUGACGAGCAGCAAUCGUUUGUAUUCGUCGGCAGAUCGAGAUCGUUACGAAUUGCAUCGUGAAAGACUGGAAAAAUAUCCUUUAACGCGCACGGCACGUUUAGACGUCCAACAACGGAACACAUUUAAUCGCACAAAUCACGAUCGGUCGUCGACAGCAGCGGCGGCGGCGGCCUCUUCGCUUUACGGUCCCCUGGGACCCAGUAGUAAAAUACGAGAUAUCGGCUCAGACAUACUGUAUGGGGGAGUGAGCGCCAGGCGAGCACCACCCUUGGCUGCGGCGGCCCAACGUAGUAGCGCCGCCAGCAGCUAUUUGCACAAACAACAACAACAACACCCACAAAUUGUGAUCGGCGAUACGCCAUUAAGCGCUAAGACAUCGGCCACAUCCUCAGCAUCACUGUAUGAACGUUAUAUGGGUAGUAGUAGUGGAACCAGUGGUGUUGGCGGCACAGCCAUGACAUCUUCUUUAAGCACAACUGAUGGGGCCACACGUAGUUUAAGUCGCGAUCGUAGUCUAGUCGAUAGCUAUUGGGAUGAAUCUGCAGCUACGCCAAGCUCUGUAUUGUCGUCGAAUAAAGCUCAGGACUCCCGACGCUUUACAGAGCGUAGAAUAAAGAAGACGGUACGCUUCGAUUCGCAUGACAUUGACAAUACGGCAUCGGGCGCCGACACGGGACUGCAUGUCGGCAGCACCUCUUUGCCACCGGUGACCACAAUACUACCCUCAACGGCGGUUGAGGUGGGUGCGGCCACCAUUUUGACCAGUGCUAAAUUGCACAAUGCCCAACACUCCAUGUCUUCUUCUGCUUCCUCUGCUACAAACACUGCCACAAAUCUGCUAAACGAUACAACAACAGCAGCAUCAGCUUCCACAAAUGCCAAUCACUGGUCCCGCUGGGACAACGAGCGACAAGGUAGUCAGGAUUCGGCCACAAAAGAUUCGGGCAUCGAUACCAGCAGUACCUUUACCAGCAGUGAAGAUUCGAAUCGUGGUGAUGGUCCUAAGACUCAACAUCGAUACGAUUGGAGUCAGGCACUUCUAAAGCAAAACCAGAAUUACAAAAUAUGCUCAAAUACUGAAAAUUAA